AUGGAUUCUGGAGGAGGUUAUUUGUAUGAGCCUGAUCAUGACAUGGCUACUCUUUUAAAACAAGAGCAAAAGGAAUCACGACAUGCUGAAAAGCUCGAUGAAGCAUAUAUACAAGUGAUGCGCAAAUUUCGUAAAAGAGUAGAACAGAUUGGCGGUUAUGAACAUAUGUCAGAACUAUGGCAAGAUUUAGCUCCUAUUAUUCUUCAAACCAUUCACUUGAAAUCACCAGUUCAGCGGCUGUUGACUUACACGAGUGAUUUUCAUGAAUUUUGUCAAGGAUUUCACGAAGACACAAGUUCUUACAAGACAUAUUUUGAUGCCAUGGAUUUUGCAUGGUGCUGCGUGUUAGAUACACAGACUACUGAAACUGAAAAAGUUCGUAUUGUGAAUGUCUUGAGUGAUGGGCAAGACAUAGCCAACAAACUGGGUUUACACGAUGUCUAUCCUCAUGCUUUAGAAAAAGCAGAUGAUGAACUAUAA